AUGCACGACUUGAUCAACAACGUGGACCGAUACGCAUCCUUGUUGAAAGAAGAGGUGCAGAAGAAGAUGGCUUCAAAAGGGACUUACUAUCGAAAUCCUGUUGUCAGCUAUGCCGAAACAAACAAUCCCGCAGAGGUCGAGGGCGAUGAAGUUGAGAUGAGGUCAGCCGAAGUCAGCAUAGACAAGCCAUUUGUUUGCAAAGGACUUGUCAAGGCCGACAAUAGCCGCACAAAGAUUCCCGACGCCAAGUUCGCGACUCGAGAGACGAAGGCCUACACUUUUGAUUUGACCAGGGCCAAAGCCAUCUUUGACUUACUGUUAACCGAGAAAAAGGCCAAAUUGUCCUUCGGCCAUAAAAUUUCGAAACCCGAGGAGCUCAAAGGAAAAACGUUCUGCAAAUACCACAGUUCUUGGUCUCACAACACCAAUAAUUGCGUUGUUCUACGAGAUGUCAUCUAG